AUGCCAGGGCCGCUCCGGGCGCUACUCGGCCUCUGGGCUGCCCUGGGCCUGGGGCUCCUCGGCCUCUCAGCGGCCGCGCAGGAGCCCCUCUGGGCGGACCUGCAGCCCCGCGUGGCGCUGGUGGAGCGCGGGGGGUCGCUGUGGCUGAACUGCAGCACCAACUGCCCGCGGCCCGAGCGCGGCGGCCUGGAGACCUCGCUGCGCCGGAAUGGCACCCAGCGGGGCCUGCGCUGGCUGGCGCGGCAGCUGGUGGACAUCCGGGAGCCGGAGACCCAGCCCGUCUGCUUCUUCCGCUGCGCCCGGCGCACCCUGCAGGCUCGUGGGCUCAUUCGGACUUUUCAGCGGCCUGAUCGCGUAGAGCUGAUGCCCCUGCCUGUCUGGCAGCCUGUAGGCGAGAACUUCACCCUGAGCUGCAGGGUCCCUGGCGCCGGACCCCGCGGGAGCCUCACCAUGACCUUGCUGCGCGGCUCCCGGGAGCUGGUCCGCCGCAGCUUCCCCGGGGAGUCGCCCCGAGCCCGAGGCGCGGUGCUCACGGCCGCGGUCCUGGCGAGGAGGGAGGAUCACGGGGCCAACUUCUCGUGCCGCGCGGAGCUGGACCUGCGGCCCCACGGCCUGGGGCUGUUUGAAAACCGUUCGGCGCCCAGAAUGCUCCGGACCUUCGCACUGUCCCCGGAGCCCCCGCGCCUCGCCGCCCCCCGGCUCUUGGAAGUGGGCGCGGGAAGACCCGUAAGCUGCUCCCUGGACGGGCUGUUCCCAGCCUCGGAAGCCCGGGUGUACCUGGCGCUGGGGGACCAGAGGCUGGAUCCGGAUGUCACCCUCGAGGGGGACGCGCUCAGGGCCACGGCCACGGCCACGGCGAGCGCAGAGCUGGAGGGCGCCCGGGAGCUGGUCUGCAGCGUGACCCUGGGGGGCGAGAGCCGCGAGGCCUGGGCGAACGUGACCGUCUACAGCUUCCCGGCGCCGCUCCUGACCCUGAGCGAGCCCAGCGUCCCCGAGGGGAAGGCGGUGACAGUGACCUGCGCUGCUGCUGGGGCCCGAGCUCUGGUCGCUCUGGACGGAGUUCCAGCUGCAGCCCCGGGGCAGCCCGUCCAGCUCCAGCUCAACGCCACCGUGAACGAUGACGGACGCAGCUUCCUCUGCGACGCCACCCUCGAGGUGGACGGGGAGGUCCUGAGCAAGAAGGAGAGCACCGAACUGCGGGUCCUGUACGCUCCCCGGCUGGACGAUUCGGACUGUCCCAGGAGCUGGACGUGGCCCGAGGGCCCGGAGCAGACGCUGCGCUGCGAGGCCCGCGGAAACCCGGUGCCCUCUGUGCACUGCGCCCGGCCUGACGGUGGGGCGGUGCUGGCGCUGGGCCUGCUGGGUCCCGUCACCCGCGCACUGGCCGGCACUUACCGGUGCACUGCGGCCAACGCCCAGGGCGAGGCGGUCAAGGACGUGACGCUGACCGUGGAGUACGCACCAGCGCUGGACAGCGUGAGCUGCCCGGAACGCAUCACGUGGCUGGAAGGAACAGAGGCCUCGCUGAGCUGCGUGGCACACGGGGUGCCGCCACCCCACGUGAGCUGCGUGCGCUCCGGGCAGGCGGAGGCCAUCGAGGGCUUGCUGCACGUGGCCCGGGAGCAUGCAGGCACCUACCGCUGUGAGGCCACCAACUCUCGAGGCUCUGCAGCCAAAGAUGUGGCCAUCACGGUGGAGUACGGCCCCAGUUUUGAGGAGCUGAGCUGCCCCAGCAACUGGACGUGGGUGGAAGGAUCUGGACGGCUGUUUUCUUGUGAGGUUGACGGGAAGCCGCAGCCAAGAGUGGAGUGCAUUGGCUCCCGGGGCACCACCGAGAGGGUGCUGCUUCCGCUGGCACCCCCAGACCCUAGUCCCACAGCCCCCAGCAUCCCCAGUGAACCCGCCUCCGGCAUCUACACCUGCAACGCCACCAACCAGCACGGCUCCAUGGUCAAGACGGUGGCCGUGAGCGUGGAGUCGCCUCCGAGAAUGGACGAGUCCACCUGCCCGAGUCACCAGACGUGGCUGGAAGGGGCUGAGGCUGCCGGGCCCGCCUGCGCUGCCCUGGGUCGCCCCUCCCCGCACGUGAGCUGCUCCCGGGAGGGGGGCCCCUGGCCUCCGCGGAUACGCGUGUCCCGACAGGAUGCGGGCACUUACCUCUGCUUAGCCACCAACGCGCAUGGCACCGACACCCGCACCGUCACCGUGGGCGUGGAAUACCGGCCAGUGGUGGCCGAGCUGGCCGCCUCGCCCCCGGGAGGUGUGCGGCCGGGCGGGAACUUCACGCUGACCUGCCGCGCCGAGGCCUGGCCCCCCGCCCAGAUCAGCUGGCGCGCCCCCCCAGGGGCGCUCAACCUAGGCCUGUCCAGCAACAACAGCACCCUGAGCGUGGCGGGCGCCCUGGGCAGCCACGGCGGCGAGUACGAGUGCGCGGCCACCAACGCACACGGACGCCACGCGCGGCGCAUCACCGUGCGUGUGACCGGUCCGUGGCUGUGGGUCGCCGUGGGCGGUGCGGUGGGGGGCGCAGCGCUGCUGGCCGCGGGGGCUGGCCUGGCCUUCUACGUGCAGUCCACCGCCUGCAAGAAGGGCGAGUAUAACGUGCAGGAGGCCGAGAGCUCGGGCGAGGCCGUCUGUCUCAACGGUGCGGGCGGCGGCACCGGCGCCAGUGCCAGCGCCCAAGGCGACCCGGAGCCCGAGGGCACCGCAGAGACGCCUGCGGGGGGGGAGGUCUUCUCCAUCCAGCUGACCUCGGCGUGA